AUGGAUAGCAUGGGAUCAGUUUUUCUCAAAUUUAUUCUUGAAGACACCAUCGAGGAGGGAAAAUUUAUGCUGCCAAGAAAGUUUGCUAGACAAUAUGCAAAUUCUCUGUCAAAUCCAGUAACCCUCAAGCUCUCAAGUGGUGCUGCAUGGCAAGUUGAGUUGCUUAAAAACGAGAAAGACGUAUGGUUGUAUAAGGGUUGGAGAGAAUUUGCACAGCAUUACUCUCUGGACAUUGGAGACACAGUAGUUUUCAAAUAUGAGAAAAACAGCCAUUUUCAUGUAUUCAUCUAUGAAGAUGAAUAUGGAGAUGGAGAUGAAGGUGAAGAUGAAUAUGGAGAUGAAGAUGAAGAUGAAGAUGAAGAUGUCAUUGAAUUGGAUUGUGAGAAGAUUGGAAGCAAGAAAGCUAGACUAUACAUCUUCCAAGAUGGUUCUGAACCAGCCAACAACUUCAUUACAGAGAAUCCAUCCUUCCACCUCGUUGUAAAAUCAUACCAUUUGGAGAGGGAGAACGUUUAUGUACCGAACAGCUUCAUGCAAGAGCUUAAGGACAUCACAGAAACUGAAAACAUGCUGCUUCAGGUUGCGGAUAAGGUGAAGAUAUGGCCUGUGAAUGUGAGAUUCUAUCCAUUGAAAAAAAUGGGUUGUAUAACCUCAGGCUUCCGCACAUUUGCAAGGGAAAAUUCACUGCAACCUAGAGAUGUUUGUGUUUUCCAACUGAUCAGCAGCCAUGUUCUCAAAGUUUCAAUCUUCAGAAAUGCUUCGUAG